AGCGUCACGCGGAGGGGAAACCUAAAGUUUCGAUUAGAAGUGAUGCGCUCUUAAUUUAUUAUUCCGUGUGCAGCAUUGUACAUUUGUCCGUAGCUCUAGAACUAAUCGCCACGCAUCGGGUGCCAGCUUUAUUCAUCCAGCAUACAAGGGAAAAUUGCUCAGCAUUGACAGCUUGCACAGCGUCACACUUGGUCCGGGGUUUGUGUACAAUCCGUGUUUGGUGCAAGUUAUUGUUUUACGCUGCAAAAUCUUUUUGUGGCGCACACAAUUUUGCAAGUGCAUCUCAGACGAAGCCGAACUCAUCCGUUAGCAGUUCAAAACACCCCACCGUAACGAACAGACACCAUGUCCGUGGAAUGGAAGCGUGAUUCGACUGAAAUGCUGAUAGAGUCGUACAAGAAACAUCCGGUGCUGUACGAUAUGCGUCAUCCGCACUAUUACAACAAAACCGUCCGAGGGAAGGCACUGGCGGAAAUCGUAAACGACGUGAUACACUUACGACCGGAAACAACGAUGAAGGAUGUGGUGCGGAAAAUACAAACCCUGCGUACACAGUUUGGGCAGGAGCUGACGAAAUCACGCCGUCACUCGUUGAACGGAACGGUGUACCAUCCAACAGUUUGGUGGUACCAGGGGCUCAAUUUCCUGCAGCCGCACAUCAAACAUCGUUCCUUUGACCCUAACCCGACAAUGGGGGAUAUGGACAACUGGAAGCAAGAGCCCGACGAUAACAGCAGUUUUAAUGUUUCGAUCGUACGCAACGGUAAAUCCUUGUCGCCGAAUAAUCUCAGCAAUCCCGACUACGAAAAUUCCGCGGACGAGGUGGAAUACGAGACGGAGGUACACUACGAGAUCAAUUCGAUCGAUAUGAAAGACUUGAAAAGGGUCGAACUGAAGCCAAUUACACCGGGAGCGUCAACGGGAAAUAAGCGAGAAAGUAAUUGGUACCUGGAUCGGGAUAAUCGUAAAGCGGCACGAACUUCCCAAACUGCGCCUAUAGUCGUGCAGGAGGAAACCGAGGAACAAACUACGACCACAUUGAUGGAACUGAAUCCGGUCAAUUCGUCCCUCGAUAAUACCGUGACACGUAACGUGACCAUCACAGACGACCGUUAUAGAAGCUUGGGCAACUUUGUCGGCUCACAGAUGGCUAAGAUUAAGGACGAUUACCUGUACUACGAGACGCAGAUGGAGAUAUUGAACAUUAUGAAUCGGGGCAUUCUACGGCAGCUUGCUCUGGACAAUCAAAAUGGCACAAACGAACAGGAGAGCCACGAUUAACGUCUUCUCUGUGUUUGACGCGUUACAAGCUAAACCAAUUGUACGUAUUCGUAUUUUGCCAUGGCGACCGAUUUACCUUUAUCAGAUGAAACUGAUAAGUACGGAAAAUGGUAUAAGUUUAGGAAAACUUCAACAAGUAGGAUGGAGAUGUAAUUAAUAGACCAUGGUCAUUUGUCGAAGAGCAGCAAAACCAGCUCUUGUGCUAACUAACAUUAGAAUUAGAGAUGAGAGAUGAGUAAGAGUGAGUGAGUGAGUUAAAACCUUCGAGAGAGUUAAUGAGUAUAAAUCAGCAAGAAAAGUUUUUAUGACUCCUUUAAUCACUCUUUUGCGUUUAUAUUCACUCUCACUCGCUGUGCCGACUAGAAACUCACUCAGGUGUGAGUAAAACUGUUUUAUCACUCUUUGGAUUAUAAUCACUCUGUAAGAGUAAUAGGCUAACAGUAGUACCAAGAAUUUUAGUUCUAAUAUAAAAUGCACUUGAGAUAUAUUAGCUAUUUUCAAGCUAUUGUUUUGAGUAAGAGGUGGGAUUAACGGAGUAUCUUGAGAUCUUACAAAAUAACAUCCAGUAAGGAUAAUUUUAAAGAAAUAGCCUUUCUAUAC